AUACACUGUUGGUGUUUGAGCGAUGCCGGACAUUGAACCCCUCAGAUUCCCGUCCAGGGAAGGACGACACAACGUUAGUCAGCAAGAUCAAGCAGAUCUUCAAGCCGUCUGCACUGGUAGACGUCGCACUUGUGCUUUGCUCAACAGUCCCUCGCCAUGUGUCAACAGUGCUAUUUACCAUAUCCAAGAGCUCAAGAUGACGGUGGAAAAUUGGUGUCAACAGUCUGGAAAAUAUCCAAUUGAUCGAGAAAAGCACCAAUACAGCAGAACUUUAAGAUUUCAUUCCAGAGACUCAGAUACUGACUCAAUGACGUCUACAGAGUUGUUCGUCGAAGGCAUCGCAAUUAGUGCAAGAGUUUUUCAUCCUCUAGAAAGUUGUCCAUUAUCGCCACUAUUGAAGAAAAUAAAUGAUGUCCUUGGAGAGGUUGUGUAUCUGAUUGAGCGACUGGAGGCUGAUAGGCAGUAUGCAGAGGAAGCUCUCCACAAAGAGAAGAGGAGAAAAAUAUUUUUGGAGAACAAAGUUGACAGUAUCGCACUAUGGAAGCAACAAGAGCACUCUUUUGUAGUCCAAAAAGAGCAUGAGGCUUGCAUUAGAGACAUCACUGAACUGAAGUGGCAGCUAAAACUGGAAAGACAGAAACUUGACCAAGCUCAGAAGAAACUGUCUCAGACUGAGGUGUUGAACCAGCACUUACAUGAGGACAUCAGCGUUGCCAAAAAACAAAUUCCCAUUGUGAAAGAAAACCUUGACGUCCAGAGAGGCAUCGUACAUCAACUCAACACUGCACAAGCCGAGGCUGAUGCACUAACCUCAAAGACACAAAAUGAUCUCAUGCUGGUUAAGAAGGAAUUAAAACAGAUGGAGCUGGACGCCAUCAAUGAAAAGAAAUCGCUGACAAAUGUGCUGUCGAUGACGAAGAAUCAGCUGGAUAAGAGAUUGUAUGAUUUAAACCAGUUGAAGAUGAUUGAGAAAAGUCUAUGUGCUGAAAUAAGGGAUACUGAAAAAACAGUUGCUCUUACAGAGGACAAGUGCACGGCCAUAACUCAGCGUAUCCCUGAAAUUAUAGAACUUGAGAAAACUGAAAAAGAGCGGAUUUUGCAAUUGAAAUUCCAAAUUGAGGAAGAAAUGCAACGGAAUAAGAAAUUAAAAGAGAAACUAAUUGCUCUGCAAAAAGACAUUGAGAAAACUAGACUUAAUGGGGAAGCAGAGGUUUCCUGCAUAGAAGAACAACUCCAUUCAAAACGAAAUGCCUUUGCAGCUCUUCGUAAAGAAAACAUGGAGUAUAAACAGAAUGUAGACGACUACAAGAUUAAACUUUCUGAAAGCAAGAAAGCAGUGAAGCAGAUGCAUGAGGAGAGGAAGCAGAUGCUCCAGAAAAUCAUUGACAAUGACGAGCAGUGGGAAAAGGCCAAGGAGGAAGUGACCCAAGUUGUAGCCCAGCACAGUGCCACCCAGGCUAAACUGGAAGAGCAGGAGCAGCUCACCUUCAUGGAAGAACAGAGGGCCAGGAAAGAGAUAGAAAACCUGAGGAAAAAUCUGACAGGUCAGAUGACGACCCUGGAACUACUGAAGGGUCAGUGUGCAACUAUAAAUGAAGAACUGAAUCGACACCAAAGGAGCUCAGACCUAACGAACACAAAGCUUCAGAAAGAAUUCGAAGAUGCAUCCUCAGCAACAAAAACUCUGGAGACAAGAAUUGAGGAAAUCAAGAAAUUGAUAGAAAAUCUGGAAAAGAUUCAGUGUGAACACAAGAACACAUUAAUCAGCCUUGAGAAGGAGAAAAAACUCAAAUGUGACCAUCUGAAAGCUGUUCAAGAUUUACACACUGCCACUAUAAAGAGAUACGACAACACUUUGAUCAGGAUCAGUGACAUUAAGAAGAAGAGCGACGAAUACCGAGAUGCUUCAGAUAAAAUGGAAAAAAUAGUUGAAAACAUUCCAGAGGUCAUAGCAGAACUUCAGAGUGUUUUUGAUGUGGUGGAAUUCAAAAACAAAUCAGCUGCUCUCAUAAUGAGCACCUUGCAGUCUGAUAUUAAUAACUGCCAACAACGAACACAGCGAUCCAUGCAGACACACACUGCUCACGUUACAGCGAGAAAAAAAGAAAUGGAAGACACCAAGGAAGCACUAAGAAUUGCACUGGAGGAGAAUAAACAGCUGGCAAGCGAGUACGAAGGUCUUAGGAAGAUCCUAAUGGAGGCCAAACAGGAAGCAGCGUCUGCACUGAGCGAGAAAAACCAGGCACAUAUAUAUUUUCAUUAUUACACACAGCUCUCUUUGUUGCAGAAGAGGAUGCACAAAGCUUUGGUGAAAUACUUCAAACAACGCAGCCUCUACAGCCAGGCUGAACUGGACCGGUGCCAGGCUCUUUCUCAAAAGACCAACCAGAAAAUAAAAACAGCCCAGGAGGGGUUGUCAGAUGAAAUUCAGCUCAUCGCUGCAUUCCUGCAAUCCUUGACAGAUGACUCUACUACCACGGAUGAUGCCGGGGUGAACAAACAAGCCAGUCCAGAUGCCGCUGGAUCGAAUGAGUAGAUGCCUUCAGUUCAAAUAGCAGUGUAAUUGGACAUUCACCUGUACCAGACAACUUACUUACCCUAGCACGCUUCACUAUUCCCCCCUCUUUACUUGCAGCAAAUCCAUAACAAUGAAACAGGUGACUUUCAUGCUGCUGUCAGGACUGAUCUAAUUUUAGCUGGGUGAAUGAUUGCAAUUGGCUUUGCCUCAUCAGAUAAUUAAUCUAUGUCACCAUUAAUUGGAAAAGAGAAUAAUUACAGGCAGUGUUGACAGAAAUUCUACGCUUCUCCAGAUUCCAAGAUCUAAUUACAACUAGUGAAACCCUGUGACCUUAACUAGCACUUAGUAUACCUUGGCCACCUUGACCAUGCCCAUGUGAAGACCACUGUCUCAUUGAAAGACCCUGUUUUUGUUAUCGCGCCCUCACACUCUUUCACUCGCCUCACUCUCUGAGAGCUGUCUCCCUCAAUCACUUUUCAAUAUUCAAUCUUAAUUUUGUGGAAGUUUAGCAUUUUCAAUGAGCUGGAGAUGAAUGAUUAAUGAAUAAAUUUAAAUGCUUCAUUUUGUCCAUGGAUCAUUAGUUAAGUCCUUUGUGGGAAGGACCUGAGAAAGGAGUGAAAAUUAUUGAGACAUUAGCCUGAAGCAAUCCAGGGGUAAAUAGUGUGCACAAAAGGAUGUUGUGUGCGCACUAUCCAGUGGCUUUCUAAAGAACCCUGGGGAAACACUGUUUUCAAUUUGGAAUCUUAACUGAAUCACAUUUAGUACUUGUAGAAAAUUGAUUUUUGUUUCAUCAUGUUUCAACAAUGUCAUAGUAAUGAUACACAACACA